UGGGAGAAUGAGGGAAGGAACCCCCAGAAGUUAACAUACAGGACAGCCCGGGGACAUUCACUCUAGUUAUUAGAUGAAAUGGACUUCUUUCUGCUUAAUUCCUUAAGCUGGUGGUUUGGGGUUUUUUUUGGCUCAAAGUGGCAGUGGAGAAUGGGCAUUUUUCUUUUCGUUCUUGAAUUGGAUCGGAUCUGUAGACUUUGGAAGGAAUUUGUGUGAAAAAUAUUGUAGUUUACCACUGAUUGAAAACGGAAACGAUUUUCUGUUUGGUCGUUUGUUUUAUGAAGAAUGCAUUAUAAAUGAGAAGUAAUUUACUGUUGGAAAGGAAACACAACUGCUCAUUUUUAUCAGGGUAUCGCCGUACUUAUUUCAUUACAAGAAGCAUGUUAAUUCAGAGUUGGCAAUGUUUUUAAAAAUCAGGCUGUCAUGUAAAUACAGAUUUUUAAGUUAGAGGAAUUGCAGAUAAUUAAAAUGGCGAGGAUUUCCCUGUGCCGCUUUAAAGGCCUAACGCUUAUUUGUGCAUGAAAAGGUUUUCUCAUUAUGUGAGUGAGCCCUUAUUUAAACUUUUAAAAAAUCCUUUCGUGAUUUCAAAUGUGAAUCCUCUAACAUGAACAGAGCUGUACCUCGAGCCGUGUGUGCGCCUGCGCCUCUGGGCUCACUUUCGUGGCUAUAAACACCAAGAGCUGCCGUAUUCGUCUAUAUUCAUUUUGCAUCUUGUACAUGAAUAAUGAGCUAGCUUGAAAACCCUGGUUGCUACAGAAAAUGACUUCUUAUUUUGAGACUCCAUUUUAGUUUGGAAUCUUUUUUUUAAUGGAUGAAGUAUACCUUGACUAAUUUCUUCAUCAUUAAUCUAAUGCUUGUAACAGCAAACAAAUGGCAGAAAAGCAACAGCACCAAAGCCAUUUUUAAGUGCAUAUUUUCCAUUAUGGAGAACACCGAUGAACUGAUACUGAGCUUUCUAUUCCAGUGCCUAUGCUCAAUAUUCCCUACAAGGGGAUAUUUUCAUUAUUUGUUAGUUUCACCAACAGGAAGGCAGUACUUCUUGAUUCCACUUUUUACAAGUUGAAUAACCUAAUUUUUAUGGCAUGGGGUCUCUUGCUCACAUUCUUCUUCCAUGAUGUGGUCCUCGGCCUCUCUUGGAUUGGACUCCGGCCAGGACCCCAGCAUCAUUGUAAUCCGCUGAUGAAGGUGAUCAUUACCAGGAUUUCAGAUGCAUGCCAGGUUUCCGCUGAUUGCCAGAAUUCAAGAUCACUACACAUGGAUCCCCCAAACCAGCAUGGCAGUGGCAGUUCAUUGGUCGUGACCCAGCCACCCACUCUAGACAGCCGGCAGAGGCUCGACUAUGACAGAGAGAUCCCGGCUGCUGCUAUUUUGUCCCUAGACCAGAUCAAGGCCAUCAGAGGCAGCAACGAAUACACGGAAGGGCCGUCAGUGGUGAAAAGACCUGCUCCUCGAACAGCCCCCAGACAAGAAAAGCAUGAGAGGACUCAUGAAAUCAUACCAAUUAAUGUGAAUAACAACUACGAGCAUAGACCUGCGAGCCACCCGGGACACACAGGACUCUCACAUCACGCCCGAGGCCCCAUUCUGAGCAGAUCUACCAGCACUGGGAGUGCAGCCAGUUCUGGGAGCAACAGCAGUGCGUCUUCUGAGCAGGGGCUGUUGGGAAGGUCACCGCCAGCAAGACCUGUCCCUGCUCACCGGUCUGAAAGGGCAAUCCGGACCCAGCCCAAGCAGCUAACUGUGGAUGACUUGAAGGGCUCUUUGAAAGAGGACCUGACCCAGCACAAGUUCAUCUGUGAGCAGUGUGGGAAGUGCAAGUGUGGCGAGUGCACGGCUCCCAGGACCCUGCCGUCUUGCCUGGCCUGUGACCGGCAGUGCCUCUGCUCUGCAGAGAGCAUGGUGGAAUACGGGACCUGCAUGUGCUUGGUCAAGGGCAUCUUCUACCACUGCUCCAACGACGACGAGGGCGACUCGUACUCGGAUAGCCCUUGCUCCUGCUCCCAGUCACACUGCUGCUCUAGGUACCUGUGCAUGGGAGCCAUGUCUCUGUUUCUACCUUGCUUGCUCUGUUACCCUCCUGCCAAGGGAUGCCUGAAGCUCUGUAGGGGGUGUUACGACUGGACCCACCGCCCGGGGUGCAGAUGUAAGAACUCCAACACUGUCUACUGUAAGCUGGAGAGCUGCCCCUCCCGGGCGCAGGGGAAACCCUCAUGAUUUGGGAGGUGGGUUGGACCUCCUGAACUCCUAACUUGCAAGCUAUGGCUGUUAAAAAAGAUGCCAUUCGAUGCUGGUUUUAUGUUCUUUACGACUUUGCCAUUUCCCGCCUUCUCUCCUCCUGUUCCCAAGGCUUGACUUGCGGAUGGUACCCUCUCGUGGACGAUCAGUGAGAAUGGACUGGGUCCCGCUCAGGACAAGAACCUCUGCCACCCACUGAGAGGGUGUUGGGAGGCACUGGCUGGGGUUUCGUGUAGCCUUUUUGUUCUGCAAGCAACUUUCCAAAGUUGUCCACACGAACACACCCGCACACACCCAGGUGACAGUGGUUUAGAGCUGUUUUUGAUGGGGUUACUCUGGGAGCAGGGAAAUUGGUGUUUAAAGAAGCAACCCUUUAAUUGCUUAAAUAAGCUAUGUAUUCACUCUCUCUCCAGUUAGUGCCGUCUUCCUAGCAUUGGACCCUUAAGUAGCACUGGGGGCAUAUUUUUGUUAUAACAUAAAAGUUUUCCUUUAACCACUGCCUUCUUGCCCCUCAGUUCUCUCCCCUCGGUUUUGGCAUUGUCUUAUUCUAGAGAUGCCAGGUGGUUUGUUUUGUUUUUUGUUGUUUUUUUUUUGUAUGUAAUGUUAGAUUCGCUCUACAAUGUAAAUCUUCACAUUGGAGAUAUUUUGGUUGUAUCUUGAUGAUCUUCACUCUAGCUUUCGUAUUUGUGAAGGAUUCAGCUACCUUCCUGCCACACCCCACACCUUUCACCAAAUUUCUCUUGUCAUUGAGGGCACUUGGCUUACGGAAGUUGUUAUUUAUAGCUGAUCGAUCUGCAGGUGUCAGAGAAGUAUGCUGCCUAAAGAGAUCUUGGCUCCUGAAUGGUCCCUUUGCCUCAGUUAGUUAACAGCUGAGUAAGUCUAAUCUCUUCUGCGUUUUCAUUGCCUUAACCACAAAUUGUGGUGCUUUUUGUAUAUUUUAUGUAUAAAUCACAAAGUUGAAUUCUGACUAUUUUUAAGACAAAAGUCUGUUAAACUUUUUUAUUGUAAAGAAUAUUUAUUAUGCGAAUCUCUAUUAUUUUAUGAUAUUUAUUGCAAAAAACUGUUGAAAUGUACUCAUGUCUGACUAUAACAAGAUAUCAAUACAUAACGGAAAAUAAGGUGACACGAAGAAAGCGCAUAUGUUAACUAUAAUGCAGAAAUAUAUUAAUGAAUGAAACCGUC